ACACGGUGUUUGCACAUAGCCAGCUGCCUGCUUGAGCUGAGAUUUUAUCAAGUGUAAAAAUGAAAUCAAAUCCCAGCUCUCAUUACGACGCUCGUUCCUUUGACUCUAUUCGCAGCUACCAGAUCAACUUGACAAAUGGACAACGCUGAAUUUGCUCAAGAACAGUGCUAUUGCAAUAAUGCAGGAUUUGCAGUUGAGCCCAUUACGACAUGUCCUCAUAUUCCUGCGUCAAUUACAGCCGAAGUCUUCAUCAACACGGCAUGUGAGGUUUGCAACGAACCUCAGGAGAACUGGCAGUGCCUGACGUGUAAUACUGUACGCUGUUCAAGAUAUCGACAAGGACACAUGCUUGAACAUUUUGAGACUACCGCGGAUCAUGCAGUAUGUUUGAGCUACAGUGAUCUAUCCGUGUGGUGCUUUAUAUGUGAGAAUUAUAUUGCCAACAAGGCCCUUGAUGAAAUAAAACAUGCUGCAUAUCUGGCAAAAUUUGACAAAGAGCCACCAGUAACAAAGCCUUUGGUUGUUCAAAGCACAAAUGGCGCUAGUGGUAGUAGCAGCAAUGGUGCUGCCGGCAGUAGCAAACAAUGAAGAAAACAACCAUUUAUUAUGGAUCUGCCGACUUCCUGUAAAACUUGUAAUAACACUCUCUCACAAUUGUAGCGAUUAUGUAGUAGUUGUAGCCUACCUCUCCUCUUGUUAUCAGUAUCCCACAGUUCUUACUUUUUACGCAUACGAUAUCUCAUUAACGAGAACUGAUGUGACAAUACCAAAUGGCUAAUUGAUGUAAACGAUGAUUUCAUAUGUUUAAGAGAAGUAAUGAUGGAUGACAUUGUAGUAUAUAUCGCUCAAAGAUGUUUUAGCAAAAAGAGG